GUCCUGCUAGCUCUACAUAGAAGCAACGAGGUGCUAAGCGAAUCAGUGAAGAAGCGAGAAUGACGACCCGUAUAGCUCCAGGUGUGGGAGCAAAUCUUCUGGGGCAACACUCAGCGGAGCGCAACCAAGACGCCACCGCCUAUGUCGGCAACCUUGACGUUCAGAUUACUGAAGAGUUGUUAUGGGAGUUGUUUGUUCAAGCAGGUCCAGUAGUCAAUGUUUAUGUCCCCAAGGACAGAGUUACUAAUGCUCAUCAAGGAUACAGUUUUGUGGAAUUCCGAAGUGAAGAAGAUGCUGACUAUGUAAGUGUUGGUUAUAUUUCUUGUUACACUAUUUUUACUUGCUUCAGCAUGGAUUUGAUUUUUGGUAUUCAUUUCUUGUUACACUAUUUUUACUUGCUUCAGCAUGGAUUUGAUUAUUGCAGACAAUUAAUAACUAUUCUUUCUCGUAGCUUCCAAGCCGAACAAAUCUAUGAUCAUAAAAGAUUUAGUACAUAA